AUAUUUUUGUAAUUGUAUUUUUUUAGACAGCACCUAGCGUUCAAGACUCUUUGUUACCUAAAAUAUUAGAAUAAAAAAAAAUCAUAAGUAAAACAGUACAUGUCAAAAUUAUUGACAAAUCUCCUCAUAAAUUUCAUAAGCAAUCAUGAAUACGGAGAAUCGUUAUCCCGUUACUGCGUCUCUCUUCAUGCUGAAAGAGAUGAAACGUCGCCAAGAGCAAGUAAGGCGAGGGUAUCAGCUUCUGAAGGGGAAGGCAGAAGCCCUGCGCCUGCGAGGCAGACUGUCGGCCUCCGAGCUCGCCGCCACGCAAGGGAUUUUGGGCCAUACUUUGAAAGAAGCUUACAUCUCGCUCGCUGCUAUUAAGUUUACUAAUGGGGAGUCUAAUGCGCUGAUUCUUGAGAAUGUUGGACAGGCUCAAAUUCGCGUCCAACGCAUUCCGGAGAAUAUUGCUGGUGUAGCUACAGUGUCACUUCAGCCGGUAGAGGAAAUGAAUGCCAACGACACAUUGCGCUAUGCCGGGCUCGGCUCUGGUGGUCAUAGAACCGCUGAAGCCAAAAAAGCAUUCAGAGAGGCCCUGCGUAUAUUGAUAAAAUUUGCGUCUCUGAGGAAUACUUGUAUUUUGUUAGACGAAGCUAUUAAAUCAACUUUGAGAAAAGUAAAUGGCAUAGAAAAGGUGAUAAUGCCAAAAUUACGUAAUACUGAAACGUAUAUUUUAAUGGAAAUGGAUGAAAGAGAAAGGGAGGAAUUCCAUAGACUGAAGAUGGUUAAAGCAAAAAAGAUGCGUUCGCAAGCAAUAGCCAACAUCUCACGGAGUGGUGGUGGAGAAUCCAACGACGAGGUGAGGAUUCGUCGUUCUAUGCCGGCAACACACAUCCGCGCUACGGAAUGUUUGACUAGCAUUCUCUAUUCGUGCCACUCGCUAACUUCCAGCAGUGAUUCCGCUGGGGAUUUUAAGCCUAUUUGCUAUCCUCACAACUGGGAUGAUGAUGAUUUAUUGUUUUAAAAUAUAUGCGACGGAACACAUACUCACUUUAGCGUAUUUAAUCUUUUCGAUCGCAUUCUAAGACCCAUACAGAUUAUGAUAAGCGUAUUUAAUGAGUUAUAGCUUAAACUACUAUCGCGUUGAAAGUCAUUAAAUUAAAAUUAUGUUACAAAAACGCACGUGUUACGCUUAUACUUUAAAAAAGCUUUAAGUAUCCUUAUUAAAACGAAUGAUUAAGCGUUUGCUUGUAAAACUUUCAUAAAAUAAAGAAAACAAUUUAUGGC